AUGUUCAACUAUAACUUCAUAGCCGAUGCUGCAUUCAUCUUUCAGUUAUUUUGCCACCUACUGCACCUCGGCACAGCUCAAACAUAUGGCUAUGUCAGACUCGUUGAUGGCGCCGCACCCACCCAGGGGAGGGUAGACAUCUUUGAGGGUGCCUCGUGGAGGCCAAUCUGCGCUGAUCAUUGGACACUUGAAGAGGCCAAAGUUGUGUGCCGUCAACUCUCCCUGCCCGCUGCCACGCAGGCUACCAACUGGGUACAGGUAGGACGUCACGUCAACGUCACGCUGUCUCAACAUGCCUUCGUGUGCAGUGGAGGCGUCUUCAAGCACACGCUACAAGAGUGCUCAUCGGAGACGAAGUACACUUGCAAGGAUGAAGGAAGGGUUGCUGGGGUCAUUUGUGGCUCCUGGGAAAAUGCAAAACAGUUCGAUGUUCGUCUGGCCGGAGGUGUGAAUGCUUACGAGGGCAGGGUGGAAAUCUUCUACAACGGGGUAUGGGGAACAGUCUGCGAUUCCAGAACACAUUCAGACCCGUCGUAUAUUCAUCGUGAGGAGUUCUGGGACACGAAGGAUGCCCAGGUGGUCUGCAGGCAGCUAAGGUUCCUAGGUGUCAAGAGGGUAUCUGCGCAACUCCAUCCGCCACCGAGUACGUUACCAGUGAUUCUAACCAACCAACGCUGUAAUGGAACUGAAGCCAAUCUGGGUGACUGCAGUGUGGAUUACAUGCGGCAUGGUGGACCCUUCAAAUGCAGCAGGUCCCAAGAUGUGUCUGUAGUGUGCAGUGAUGUCAAAGUCAGGCUGGUGGACGGUGAUGAGCCAACCAAUGGGCGAGUGGAGAUAUUCAGCGGUACCUCCUGGCAGACAAUCUGCGGUUACCAGUGGACAUUGGAGCAUGCCAAGGUGGUGUGCCGUGAACUGGCCAUGCCUCCGGCGACUGGAGCCACCACGGGCGAUCGUUUCAGACCGGGGACGGGAGGGAUGUCAGAGAACGAUUUCACCUGCACCGGGAACGAACGAACGAUAUUCGACUGCAGGCAGACAGCGAGGGAACUGAGAUGCACUCAUGCAAGUGACGCAGGAGUCAUCUGUGGGAUAUGGUCACAUGCAAAACAGUUUGACGUGCGACUAGCUGGCACUCUGAAUGCCUACGAAGGAAGGGUAGAAAUGUACAACGGUGUAUGGGGGACUGUCUGCAAUUCUGGAAGCAUCUUGGACCCGUUGCACAGUUCCCGGGAGGAAUACUGGGACAUCAAGGAUGCCCAGGUUGUCUGUCGUCAGCUGGGGUUCCUGACAGCCAAACGCUACGCCAUCGGUGGGCUGCAAGAGAGCACCUUGCCGGUGAUCAUGACCGGUACACGAUGCAAGGGGGCAGAGGCUUAUCUAGCAUUCUGUCAAGUUAGCUACUCAGGGUUGCAUAGAUGUAGCCAUGACCAGGAUGUCUCAGUGGAAUGUGAUACUCGACCCAAAGUAGACAGGUACGAUGUCCGUCUGGUACAAGGCUCACACCCCAACCAAGGCUAUGUCCAAGUCCUCUACAUGGGCAUAUGGCGGAGCAUCUGUGACCAGGCAUGGGUUCUGCAGAGUGCUGAGGUCAUCUGCAAGCUGCUUGGGUUCUCAGCUGCAGCACACGCUGUUGAUGGUGCUACUGCUGAAAGUUUGUGGGGUGUGCUGGAAGGCAACCACAUGUUUCUGAAUAAGGUGGAGUGCUCGGGGAGUGAGAACAAUUUGGCUGACUGUCCAACCAGCUACGUUACCAGAGAUGGCUGCACAAGCUAUGACCAAGCAGGGGUGGUCUGCCAGAGCAAUAAAUAUCCAAGCAUUUUACCAGGGGAUGACGUUGAAACAAUUGAUCCAGUGAUCAUCAUAUCUUUCGUCAUUCCCCUGCUCACCAUCGUUCUCGUCAUUGCUGCUUUAUGCCUGAUCUACCGGCGACACAAGACGUCCCGACAGCCUAAGACCAGUCAAAUGGAUAUUGGCCUGUGUGAAAUGGCCAUGUUCGGUAACUCCCUCGCAGCAGAAAAUACCAACAGGCAGCGACAACAGCAGGAUGAUACCGGAUUAAGCAGGAGAGCGCAGCGCCGAGUCAAGCGCAAGACCCGACGCCAGGAAUACAAGAUGAAGCGGUUGCUUGAGAGGCAGCAGUGGAGCCCAUAUACCAACAAUCAAGACCGACCACCCUCAUAUAAUGCAGUAUACAGUGGUCCCGUGCCAGGGUCCGGUGAGGUGACUGACACCGUUAGCCUUCUACCAAUCCUUUCUGAUCCAAGCGGGGGCAGAUUCCAUGAUGGAAUCAUCAGUGGCACUUAUAUAUAAGGACCUCUUCUUGUGUAUCAAUGGUCUUAGUGCUCGGCAAACGAUGGACAUUCUUAUGGUUGAGGUAUCAAGAAUCGAUCGGUUUGAAUCCUGAUAGUCACAGACACAGGGGCUUGUGUCCUUGAGCAAGGUGUUUGACUUCGCUGUCAGUCAAGUCCAUGGUACAAGUCCAUGGAGAGUCUAGAAAAUUUUCUAAGUAUUUACUAACAAAAUUGGAAAUGUUUCUCAGUCCCAGAUUUAUAAAGAAAAAAAAAAGCGUCAGGUUGCAACAUUCUUAACGGUAUACGGCGGACAAAUUCGUACGCGGUCCAACUCGUACACAGAAUUAAACUCGAACACAAAUUAUAUGUGCUCGACGAUUCUUGACUAUGUACUGUGAACGAUGUAUCGCUCAAUUUCUUUAAAUUGGCUAAUUUUGGCCGGCAUACAAGUUGGCUGGCGUACGAGUUGGCCCGCGUACGACAUGCACGAGUUGUCUCGCUACGAGUUGGUUCACGUACGAGUUGUAUAGGCGAUUACGCCCAGUGGCCGAAAUAAACACUACUAAUAUUAACCUUAAAAUUAGUGCGCGCGAACUCAUUAAUAUUUUGUACCCCCGGCCCCACAGUUUCUUUUGAAUAAGAGGACCGUGCGGCUUACAAUUGGGAUUAAUUGUACAACUAUUUAUGUCAAUCAAGUAUUUGUGACUUGCGGCUUCCAACUCGGGCGAUUUUAUUGGAAAAAAGCCGGAUUUGUGGGUCUAUCUCGCAUACUAGA